AUGGUCCAUAUAUGAUACCGUCGAGAGCAGAGUCGUUCCUGUUGUCUUUGGUCUGAUCUUUGUGAUUGGCCUGGUGGGCAACGGUACUUUGAUCAUCUCAGUUCUGGCUAACAAAGUGAUGAGAAAUGUCCCCAACAUCCUGAUUGCAAGCUUGUCAUUGGGCGAUUUUCUACUGAUCCUUGUGUCCGUGCCAAUGACGUCAGUCCUGUAUACAUUUGUCGGCUGGCCGUUUGGAAUCGUGGGGUGUAAACUGGACCAGUAUAUGCAGACGUUGUCUUUAGGAGUGUCCGUUUUCACGUUAACAGCGCUUAGUGCUGAUAGAUACGUGGCAAUCGUCAACCCUAUGGCCAAACUCACAGGCUGCACUCAACGGACCACAAUUGGUAUUGCUCUAGCCAUCUGGCUUCUGUCAGCUCUUCUGGCCAUACACGAUGCUGUGGUCAGUACUGAAGAUACUGUUGAGCUUUUCAAUGUUACACAUACAUUUUGCGCGAACAUUCCCACAAGCAUGGGCCCACUGUACUCACAGAUCGCUUACGCAACGCGGUUUGUGAUCUUUUUUCUUCUGCCACUCUUGAUCAUCGGGUUCUUCUACGUCAUGAUGGCUCGUAUGUUGAUCCGGAGUAAUGAAAACGUCCCUACGGAAUCUAAAACUGGAGCAGCCAACCAUCACCGCCAGAUCGCCGCCAGAAAGAAGGUCGCACGUGUGGUCCUCAGUUUUGUCAUUAUUUUCAUAAUAUGUUGGCUACCCCGCCACAUUUUCCAGUUGUGGUACUAUUUCGACACUUCUGAUUUCAACGAAUUUUGGCAUGUCUUUAAGAUCACAGGCUUUUGUCUGCAGUUCAUCAACUCAUGUGUGAAUCCUUUUGCUUUGUAUUUUCUUAGCGGGCAAUUCAGGAAAUACUACAACAGAUACUUAUUCUGUUGCUGUCGGCGUGUGCGGUACAGCAGUCUGGAGUCCAACUCUGCAAUGCACAGUUUGCACAGCACCAACAGAAGGUCGAGUCCUACGAAUAUGUCAUUGCUGCACUCUCAGUCGAUGUGCUGA